AUGCGAAUCCGGUUUCCCUUUGCAAUAACCUUCGUCAUCCUCUUGGUCUUCUCUUCCAGCCUAGGCCUCCUUCCACACUCUUCCCUCCCGUCGACACCAGCAGCAGCACAACCCUACAUUCCGUCGCAGUCCGACAAAGCACUACACUUCAUAUGCUUCUUCCUCCUCACCGCGACGUUCUACUUUAUCCUUGACACCACUCGGCGACGGGUGAUUCAUCUGACCUUGGUCGUAUGCACAUUGCUUUUGGGUGUAGGGAGCGAAGUCGCACAGGGACUCUUACCUAAUGACCGCGAGUUUGACGCUUGGGAUGUCCUGGCAAAUGUCGUGGGGAGUCUUGCAGCAUUGGGCUUGGCGAGCGCAUAUCAUCGUCGGGCUGCCGAACGGAGGAGAAAAGCGAAGUACUCUGCACUGACUGGUGACGGCUUGGAAGGUGAAGAUCUCGAGCUCGGCGAGGGCGCAAAUGGUACUCUACGCACUUCCGAUGUAGAUGGCGACGGAGGUCAAGAGACGGGGGUCGCGCCGGCACGGACGGUGGAGGAAGAACUGGACAACUGGGAUGAGAACGCUCCGGAUGAUGCCUGGGAUGAAGACGACGAUACAACCGCAACUAGUGGACCACACACUAAAGUGACACCGUCGACGAGCUCGGUUGGAAGCGAGGAAGCGCCCAAGAAGGUUGCAGUUGACUGA